GUGAGAAGCAUACACGGAUGCUUCUGAAUAUUUCUAUCUAAUCAGUUCAAAUCAACGCGGCUUUUAAUUAUGAAAUUAGGACAAGUCAUCUUCUGCUGCGCUCUGCCGUUUUUCGUGUCGGCUGCUAACAUUCUGGGUUUGAUGGGUGUUCCAUCCCCAUCGCAUCAUAACUGGAAUCGAAACGUAUUUUACAAACUAGCGGCCGAUGGUCAUAAUCUAACGAUUCUAUCUGCCGAUGUCGAUAGAGAAAAAACGCCUGGUGUUCAUUACAUUUGGGCUGAGAAGGUCUACUCAAAUCUGUACAAUGGAUCCGACGCUAUAAAUUUUAUGGAUAUAGCGAAAGAAAGUCCAUACGAAACAAUUGUAUCGUUUUAUGGCUGGGGAAUAACUAGCUGCGAGGGAUUCUACAAGUCGCAAGGAUUUCGAACAUUAUUGGAUUAUCCCGACGAUUUCAAAUUUGAUUUAAUUUUGGUGGACUAUACCUGUGAACCGUGCUUGAUAGGCUUCAGUAAGAAGUUCAAUUAUCCACCCACAGUGGGAUUGAGUGCAUUUAGUGUUCCUCAUUACACGUAUCACUACAUUGGUGGGCACAGACAGUUUUCGUUCGUUCCACAUUUCGUUGCUGAAUACGGUGGUAAAAUGGACUUUCUUCAGCGUUUAGAUAACUUCCUGUUGUACAUGUGGGACGAUUGGUAUUCGUCGAACCAAUUCCUACCUCAACAAGACGCAGCAAUGAAAGCUGCCUUUAAUGAUCCAAAUCUACCAGGCGGUCGAACCCUCUUACAAAAAAUGAUUCUAACUCUUUGCAACACCCACUUUUCGAUUGAGAAAUUGGAACCGUUACCACCAAACAUUAUUCCUGUCGGAGGACUUCAAAUCCAAGAACCCAAACCGCUAGACAAAGAGUUAUUGCAAUUCGUUGAAAAAGCGAAGAAAGGUGUCGUUCUCUUCUCGCUAGGUACCAACAUGAAAAGUGAAUUUAUGGAUGAAACUCGUACGAAAGCUUUCGUAGAAGCGUUCAGCCAGUUACCCGAUUACAAUUUCAUCUGGAAAUAUGAAUCCGAUCUGGGAAUACCUUUGCCAUCGAAUGUAAAAACCCUGGGAUGGGUGCGUCAAAACGAUAUUUUGGCUCAUCCUAAAACGAAAGCUUUCAUAUCACAUUGUGGAUUGCUGGGAACUCAAGAAGCCGCAUGGUACGGAAUCCCUGUCAUUGGUAUCCCAUUCUUCGCGGAUCAGCAUCGUAAUUUACGAAAUGGUGUUCGCGAGGGAACCAGUGUUCUUUUAGAUUACUUCACGUUGACUGUCGAAUCCAUAAAGACAGCCGUAACGCAAGCUACAGAAAAUCCAAAAUACUUCCAAAAUGCGCAGCGUCGUUCUCGUCUCUUCCGUGAUCAACCAGAGAAACCGAUAGACCGUGCCGCAUUCUGGAUUGAAUGGGUCAUGAGGCAUGCGGACGAACAUUCGGUCAUUCAAGUACCGAUUAAUGAUUUGGGAAUUAUUGUGUCGCACAGUUACGAUGUCAUCGGAUUUUUGUUGGCCGUUUCAAUAUUGAUUUUAGUGAUGCUCGUGUACAUUGUAAAGAAAUUGCUUUUGAUAGUGAUAAGGAGUGAAGGCAAAACUCAUGGUAAACAAAAGAAGCAUUAAGCCGAAGCACUUUGGUGCUAAAGUUUGCUCAAGUGAAUA